AUGCAAUUCACCACCACCACAAUUUUCGCCGUCCUCAGUGCUCUCGUAGCCGCUUCUCCUCUCCAACCACGCCGAUCUGGCCUCUGCAGUUCUGCUCUUGAUACUGCCCUAUGCUGUGACGUUAGCGUUGCUGGUGUUGCCAAUUUGAAUUGUGCUGCUCCAUCGACCACUCCAACCACCCUUGCAACUUUCCAGGCUAUUUGUGCUACAGGUGGUCAGCAAGCUUCAUGCUGUGUACUUCCGCUUGCUGGUGAAGCAUUGCUUUGCACUGCUCCAUAG